AUGGCGGAUUCUAAGUUCCCCUCGAGCAUCAUAAUUAUUGGUGCAGGCAUCUUCGGUCUUUCAACUGCCCUCGCCAUCUCGCGUCGCCACCCUUCCACCAAGAUCACAAUCAUCGAUCGUCUGACGCCUCCAAUCGAGGAUGGCUCAAGCGUAGAUACUACCCGAUGUAUACGAGCAGAUUAUGCCGACCCCAUUUACGCCCAAUUGGCACUUGAAGCUCAGCAAAAGAUCGAAGCAGAUCCCGACUUGAGUCGCUACUACUUCAAACAAGGAAUGACUUUUGUUUGUGAUGGCAAACCGAGUCGUUUCACUGAUAUAUGGCAUGCUCAAGUCAAGCUUGCUCGCGGGCGACACCAUCAAGACCAGAUCAUCUCAUUGAGCAGCUCUCAAGAAGUCUUUGAGCGAAUUCAUGGAUCAGGAAGUGAACUCCCGACGAAGACGAAGUUGGGAAGGGAAUUGAGAUGGAAUAAAGCGUAUUGCAACCUGGAUGAUGCGUUCAUUGAUGCAAGAGAAUGUGUUCGUAUCUACUACGAACGCUGUCUUGCUCAACCUUCCAUCACGUUUCAGUGCGGGGUCGCGGUUGACCAUCUCAACCUCAUUGAUGGCAUUUGUCACGGCGUCAUUCUCGAAGAUGGCAGUGUCCACAAGGCUGAGAAGUUGUUGGUAGCAGCAGGAGCAUGGUCUUCUAAGCUAGUUUUUCUGGAAGGUCGAAUGUACUCUUCAGCCAUUGAAGUUGCUUGGUUCAAAGUCACCCCCGAGGAAGAGGAGAAAUGGAAGCACAUGUCAAUCACAACAAAUCUCAGUACUGGACUAAAUGUCUUUCCACCAUACAAGGGCGAGAUUAAAGUGUUGAGAAGGUCGGCAGGGUACUGUAACACAGUCACAAUCGAGAACCCGGAGGAUAGGAAGAACAAGAUAGAGGUGUCCUUGCCAAGGACAAGCAUUACACAUCCUGGGAUGCAUAUGCCCGAAGAAGCUGAAAAGCUGAUGCGACAAGACUUGCAGGAGAUCAUGCCAAGUCUUGCCCAGCGUGCGUUUGACAGGACGAAACUCUGCUGGCUCGCACAGGCUCCGACAGCAGACUUUCUCAUCGCUCCGCAUCCAAGAAUUUCGGGACUGCAUGUUGCCACUGCUGGGUCAGCGCAUGCUUGGAAGUUCCUCCCUGUUAUUGGGGACUUAGUACUUGACUCCAUGGAAGGUCACUUGAGCCCUGCAUUGACCGAGAAGUGGGCUUGGAGUUUGGAAGGUAGAGAUGGAGGAAACGCGCCGAGGAUGGAUGGGAAGCCGGUAGAGCUGCGAGAAAUCUUCGGUGAGUGA